UUUCAACUAGAAUCAUAGUUUCGUUUGUGCUUGAUCUUUGUUGUCUCUAUUCGAUCGAAGACUUCUCUCACUCGCUGAAUUCUACUUCUCGUUGAUCCCAAAACAUUGCAUCCACUUCGUUGACGCGAAUGCGACCAAGAUGCCGAGAAUGGAGGACAUUCUGAACCUUCCUGUGCAAGAUCCUCUUUGUACAGAGUUUUCUGCUGCUCACAUAAAUUGGGUUAGAUUGGAAGGUGGUCGCCAAGGUGGUGAUGAUAUUGCUCUCAUACCUUUUGCCAGAGUUGAUGAUUUUGUCAAAGGGGAAUCUUCCAAUCCCGAAUGCCCUGCGAGUUUUCGCAUAGAAUCAAGAAGGAAGCGACCUGAAGGAAGCAUUGCCAAACCAAGGGUUGAUGGUUACCUUGAAUACACUCUAUUUGGCUAAUAGGCAAUGUGAAACUAUGCAUUGAUAUUUAGAUACUGGUGUUCUUAUGGUCCCGAAGACUACAGAGACACUGACUCAGGCGUAGGGGAUGGUAUGAGCUCCAAGCCUGCUUCAGGGAAGGGGAGCAGGCCCGGGCGGCGUCACAUGAUGAGAGGGUGCCUUUGCCAUUUCACUAUUAAAAGACUGUACACCAGACCUCUCCUUGCACUUAUCAUAUAUAACCAAAAAAGGCACGUAGAUAAAUCAGGGUCACCAUGUCAUGGAUUGCUUGACAGGGAUGCGGUGGGGACGAGAGCUAUGUAUGCUCCACGAAUUUCAGAUGAGUUACGCCAGAAAGUGAUGUCUUUGCUUUAUGUUGGAAUAUCUUUGGAUAAGAUAGUACAGCACCAUUCAGAGGAGAUGCAGAAGCUAGGUGGGCCCCAAAACCGUGAUGAUUUUCUCACUCGAAAUGAUGUGCGUAAUAUGGAAAGGACUAUUCGUAAUUCUUCACAUGAGCUACACGAAAAUGAUGAACGCAGUGUAAAGAUAUGGGUUCAGAGGCAUCAGAAGCAUGUUUUCUAUUUUCAAGAUAAGUCAGUUUCAGAACCAUUUGUGUUGGGUAUACAGACAGAUUGGCAGCUGGAACAAAUGCUCCGUUAUGGAAAUAAUAGUUUAAUUUCGCUUCAUUCAGGUUUUGGCUUGAAAAAGCUCAAGUAUCCUCUAUGUUCUUUACUUGUUUUCAAUUCAUCCCAAAAUGCAAUUCCGGUUGCCUGGAUCAUCACCUCUUCUUUUGUUGGUAAAUCUAUUCAUAAGUGGAUUGUAUCGCUAUCUGAAAGAUUACGAUCAAAGGAUCCCAGAUGGAGGCCGAAUGCUAUUUUGUUGGAUGAUCCAUCUUUGCAAUUUUCUAUCAUAAGAGAGGCUUUCCAGUGUCGCAUCCUGUUAUGUGCCUGGCAUGUUCGCCGUGCUUUGGUUAAAAAACUCCUCAAAAAAUGCUGCAACUUUGAGGUGCAACGCGAGAUGUUUAUGCAUUUGGAAUGGAUUCUGUACUGUACAAAAUGUGGGCCAAAUGCUAUGGAUUCUCUUGAAGAGUUUAUGCAAAUUUUUGUUGACCAGUGUGCCUUUAUGGACUAUUUCAAGAACCAUUGGCAAUCUAGAAUAGAUAUGUGGAUUGAUGCCAUAAAAUCAUUCCCGGUGACAAACCCUGAGCCCCAUGCUGCAAUAGAAUCCUAUCAUCUAACAUUAAAAUCUAUGCUUCUGAAGGAGGAUUAUGGUAAUUUCUGGCUAAGAGUUGACUGGUUAAUCCAUGCUUUAACUACUGAAUUUCACUCGUCAUACUGGUUGACUCAGUACAGUUUAGAGACAGGAUAUUUUGAGAAUCUAAGGGACAAUUCUUUCUCCUCUAAUGCUUGGAAUCAUGCUCUUCGUAUUCCUGAUGUUGAUGUGAUGCUGGAUGAGCAAAAUCUCCAUCUUGCCAAAGUUUUAUCCCAGACUGACAGAAGUUUGGUAUAUACAGUUUGGAAUCCUGGUUCAGAAUUUUCACUUUGUGAUUGUUCCUGGUCUAGGUUGGGAAACCUCUGUAAACAUGUCAUCAAAGUGGCAAAUUUCUGUAGACAUCGGCAGGUUGCAAAACCAUCAUUGUCUGCUCAUGUUUAUAAACAGACUUUGCUCACCCUUCUCCAAAAUCCUCCUGAUGAUCCUUUAGUUCUGGACCAUACUGUACUACAUGUGGCCCGUUUGCAACAAGACAUUAAGGCCUUGAAAGACUUGUCCAACAGUGGAUUGCUCCAGCCUAUAUCUGUUGAUUUAAGUUCUCAAAUGGCUGAAAAUCCUCUGCUUUUUCAACGCAUCCAGUGACUGGCCCGUUUUGAAAAUAGAUUGACUAUGUUGGGGUUGAAGCUCAUUUUCAUGCUUAUCCACUUGAGGCUAUGUCAUGGCUUGUUAUCCUUAGGCAAUGAAUUUGCAAGGAUAAAAAAAUGAUGUAAUAUUGCUUGUAAGGAGGUGCCCAUUCCAGAACUGUUCAGUUUACGAAACCAGAAGAAUUUUUGCAAAAAGAUUCUUGACCUUCCAAAUACAGCGUAGAGUGGAGUUCGUGCCAUGGUUGUUGGAAGUUUGAGGAAGCUUCUCCAAUGCAUAUUUAAGGCUGUUAUCUGGCAGGCUCAAUAUUUGUCAGAUGUUUUUCCCUAUUUUGGGGAGGAUGACCUCCAGAGUGCCAAAAGAAAUGAAAAGGAACGAACAAAACAGUCAGGGUCUUGUUGAGGUUGUUAACAUGCAUUCAGACGUCAAUGCAGAUCAAACCAUCAUGCCGUCAGUGUAAGCAAUCAAAUCUAAUAUAACAAAACUAUAUUAAUGUUUUGUUUUAUAUUCACUAUACAUUGUUUGUGUGUGUACAAUAAUGACAAGAAGGUUUGAAUUUAGACCCUCAUUCAUACUACCUAAACCCCUACUGCCAGACUGAGCAUAAUGGGUUAUGAUCUCUAUAAUCCUAUAUCACUUGCGUGCCCUGAAGGUAGCUACAGACAAGAAUUCAAGUUCAUGCUACAGAAUAGAGAAAGAAGUUAUUCAUGCUUGAUGAUGGGGCUUUGUAGAUAUUCCGUGACUAGAUGCAUUUCUUUCUGAGCUUUAAGUUGCUUUGAAAUCUACUACUGUGCUACAAUCGCCACCAAUUCUGUGGUGGUUGCCUGGCACCUACAUGGCGUGAUUGUUGAAGUAGAUUUUCACGUGGUUCCCAGGCUCCCCGCGACUUCGGUUAUGGUCUCUUGGUGGAGGAUACACAGGUGACAAAUCAUUAAACGUCACAUAACAAAAGGUGGAAAGAAAUGUAUAGAAAAAGACAUAUCCAUCCUACUUAAGUUCAACAAUAGCAUCAUUGAAAGAGAAAUUGCUAUAUCAAAAACGAAACUAGAAUUCUAUGGUUGAGGCAUCAACCAUUUGUACAGUUUCAUCAUAUCUGUUGAAAUUUCUAGUCACUGUUUUUCUCUCUAUCCAAGGGGAAACGCUCAUUUGGGAGCGUUUUGACUUGUUUAAGCCUUUUCUUAGAAUUUAUCUAAAAAGUGUAAAAAAAAGGUCGAUUAUUUCGGUA